CUGGUUCCAGCAGUGUUCCUGACCACCUUAAGGCCCCUGCCCUCCCAUGUGCCAACCCCCAAAGCCCCUGCCUGCCCCUAUUGACUCUGCCUGCUGCAGAGUUUGAUUUCAGUGACCAUCUCCUCCCUACCAAAUGCUUGCCUGCCCCAGAGCUGGGGCCCAGUGCCCUUGCCUGCCGUGAGAUCUACCUACGGUGCCUCUGCUUGCUACUGAGUGUCAAGAGAUCUACCAUAUGCAGUUUCAGCUCCUUGGGAAAGAGAAUGGCACAAGCAGAUGAUUUUCGACUGACCUACUAUGGAGGAACCCCAUAUGAAGUGCUGGAGUUGCCUAAGGAAGCAACACAUGAAGACAUCAAGAAAGCCUAUAGGAAAUUGGCCCUGAGGUACCACCCAGACAAGAAUCCAGGAAACCCUAUAGCGGCAGAGCGGUUCAAAGAGAUCAAUGCAGCCCAUUCGAUACUCCAAGAUCCCUAUCAGCGCCAGAUCUACAAUGAUUAUGGUUCCUUGGGCCUGUUUUUGGCUAACCGAUAUGGCAUAGAAACUGUCAAAAUCUAUUUCAUUGUGUCUUCAUGGUGGUUCAAGAGCCUGGCCUUCUUAUGCACACUUCUUACUUGUUGCUGCUGCUGUUGCUGCUGCUGCUUUUGCUGUGAGAGUACUAAAUUUGAAAGUGAUUCAUGGAAUCUAGAGACACACCUUCCAAGGACAAACUAUAGGAAACCUAGCCAAGCUUUCAUGGCAAGAAGUAGCUCCAGUAUUGACGAAAAAGAGGAUGAAAAAGAAGAGGCAUGAUUUGCAAAAACUAGAAGGCAAUAGUAUUCAAAAAGAAGAAAAGAGGCUGAGAUUGAUUAGUGAAAAAAGUGCUGACCCUCUGAAUGUGUCUUCUGCUGCCCAGGCUACUAUACACACUGAAGAAAGGGACCCUUAAGCCCCAGUACCGACGAUCUUAACCCUGCUCCUGGUGAAUGCUACCGUGCAGGGUAGAUAAUGCACCUGGACUUGCUCCAUCAGCUGACAAGUGCCUAGGCUGAGCCCUAAGCUUUCCUUCAGGUACCUGGCUUUAGCUAACUCUGAUUAAUGCUUCCCUAGUCAAAUAUAGACGAAGUUGGGUUCUUUAUAGCUAUACCAGUAGAAUUCAAGCUCUACCAGGUCUUAUCAAAGCUAGAAAUAGAAAUGCUUUGAAUAAAGGCUGGUCAUUUAUACUGUAUAUCUGUCUCUCUGAAGACUAUCCUAGCUAAGGCUUGAGAGACUAAUUUUAAGCUUGGUCACAAGGUGAUUUAAGUUUUUUGGUCUUAAUUUAUUAGGCAGCAAUUCUUGAAUGUCGGUUAAGUCAGAGGAGUUGUGAUCUGCACUUGUGGGUUCCACAUUGAUGAAAUAACUGAUCCUUAAACCUAGGCACAUAUGGUCCUCCAGGUACCAUAUUUCAGACUGAUUUAGAGAGGUCAUCCCUUCGGCCUCUACUCUCUGUGGCUCUGGAUCUGCCAUGCUGUGGACAGAGAAAGGUGGUCCAGGGUUAUUAUGAUGGAUACAUAUAUAUAUGUAAGUUCCCAUCAUCCUUGUUUUGAGUCCUCUGUCAAGACUUCCUGACGCUUGGGCCUUCCCUGCUGCUGAGCUGUGGCUGGAUGCCUUUGCUAGGACUGUUUAUAGAUUCAUAGUCUCUGGAUCUAGGAUAAGGCCCAAGCCAGAGCAUGUCUGAGCAAGAACCAAUGGGAGCCCUUCUAAAGCCACAGUGUGAGAGAUUGAAGUAUUCCUAUUUCUUUUUCUGGCUCAGCUUUGCCCCCUGUUCCGAUAAAGGCUCUAGCCCCUCCCUCAGCCACCCCCCCCAGUCUAUGUGACUCAGGGUCACUUGUUCUGUGACAGCUGUGGCUCGCCUUACACAGGCUAAAUCGGGAGCUGGAAUGCGAGGGACUGCGUCACUGAAAUGCCCCUAGUCUCCUCCAUCCCCAAGUUAAAAUUAGUCUCCUGCCUAAGGAUUAAGGAGCAAAUAGUGCCUAAACUGUGAGCAACAGUUGGCCAUUUGGGGAGCAGGAGUUAGGAGUAUCCUAGCGGGGUGAGGAGAGACAAGACUUUCAUCUACCCAAGUUCUCAGCUAUCCAGAGAGAAAAGCAGUUGACUACCUAGGGAAUCACAGGCAGACUGAUUAAAGGACAGAAUAGGGGAAGGCAACACAACUAAGAAAAAUCUCAUAACCCAAAAGAGACCAAUAGCUACAGGCAGAUU